GCGGUGGGACAGCAACCGAGCAGUUUCUUCCCGGCCCACCCCAGCAGCAGGCAGAACAGGAGCUGGUGGGGCUGCUGGAAGCUCAGAAGUCCUCCUCAGACAGGUGUCAGCAACUCCAGAAUGUGGCAGCUCGCAAGCCUCUCGCUAUUGUUGACCAUCUGGGGAACUUGCAGCACAGCAGCUCCUCCUGGCUCAGUGUUCUCUAGCAGUGAGAGCGCCCACCAAGUCCUGCGGAUUCGCAAGCGCGCCAACUCCUUCCUAGAGGAGAUCCGGGCAGGCAGCCUGGAGAGGGAGUGCGUGGAGGAGAUCUGUGACUUUGAGGAGGCUAAGGAGAUUUUCCAAAAUGUGGAUGACACACUGGCUUACUGGUCCAAGUAUGUCGACGGGGACCAGUGCGCGGCCCUGCCCCCGGAGCACGCGUGCGAUAGCCCGUGCUGUGGACACGGCUCCUGCAUCGAUGGCAUCGGUGCCUUCCACUGCGACUGCGGCCGGGGCUGGGAGGGCCGCUUCUGCCAGCACGGUGAGAGGGCGGCGGGGAGGUGGGGAGGCGGGGGCCAGGAGGGAGGGGCGCGGGGGGGGGAAGCACCGUGCCACCGGCCCUCCUGCUCCUCCUCCCUCCCCAUCCACCCAGAGGUGAGCUACACCAACUGCUCGCUGGACAACGGCGGCUGCUCGCACUACUGCCUGGAGGAGGAGGGCGGGCGCCACUGCAGCUGCGCCCCGGGCUACAGGCUGGGGGACGACCACCUGCAGUGCCAGCCCACAGUGAAGUUCCCUUGUGGGAGGCCAGGGAAGCAAAUGGAGAAGAAACACAAGCACUUGAAACGUGACACAAACCAAACUGACCAAAUAGAUCCAAGGCUCGUCAAUGGGAAGGUGACCAGAAGGGGAGAGAGCCCCUGGCAGGUGGUCCUGCUGGACUCAAAGAAGAAGCUGGCCUGCGGGGCAGUGCUCAUCCACACCUCCUGGGUGCUGACUGCGGCCCACUGCAUGGAGGACUCUAAGAAGCUCAUCGUCAGGCUCGGGGAGUACGACCUGCGGCGCUGGGAAAAGGGGGAGAUGGAUGUGGACAUCAAAGAGAUCCUUAUCCACCCCAACUACAGCAAAAGCACCACAGACAAUGACAUCGCACUGCUCCACCUGGCCCAGCCUGUCAUCUUUUCGCAGACCAUCGUGCCCAUCUGCCUCCCAGACAGUGGCCUUGCAGAGCGUGAGCUCACCCAGGUUGGCCAGGAGACCGUGGUGACUGGCUGGGGCUACCGCAGUGAGACUAAAAGAAACCGCACCUUUGUCCUCAACUUUAUCAACAUCCCUGUGGCCCCGCACAAUGAGUGCAUCCAGGCCAUGUACAACAUGAUAUCUGAGAACAUGCUGUGUGCGGGCAUCCUUGGGGACUCACGGGAUGCCUGUGAGGGGGACAGUGGGGGGCCUAUGGUUACGUCCUUCCGUGGCACCUGGUUCCUGGUGGGCCUGGUGAGCUGGGGCGAGGGCUGUGGGCGCCUCCACAAUUAUGGCAUUUACACUAAAGUCAGCCGCUACCUUGACUGGAUCCACAGCCACAUUAGAGGCGAGGAGGCCUCCCUCGAGAACCAGGUACCUUAGCAUCCCUCAGGCUUGUGUCUGAACCCCAGAGGCCACUCAUGGAGUGGGGGCUGGAUUGCUGAAUGGCAAUAUUUGAAACAUUAAAGAGGACAUGUGACAAGCAUACCAGCUACAG